AUAAGUGAUGUCUCACAACAACAAGAAGUUUUCUAGGCUGAAAGCUAUUUGUGGGACAUUCGCCACUUGCUGAUGAUUUGCACAUAUGAAAUAUGGUAUUCAGUUUGUAACUUUUGAACAGUUUAAGGAUCGAAAGACAUCUUCCUGACUACACCAUAUCUGCUGAGAAGUGAAAUAAUGGCCUCUAUUUUCCUCUGAAAUGAGUUUUACAAAACUUUGAGGAAAGGAAAAAUGAUACAUAUUCUUUUAAAGAAUCCAGAAUAUCUAGUUAGUUUUCCAGUGUGUCUAGGUCUUUGAGGUCCCAGAGAAAUGCUGACAUUAAAAUACAAGUUUUCCUGAAAGACUAUCAGCUUUGUGAAAAAAUUUCCAAGUUAUUAAGACAUCUGUACUUUUGAUUUACUAAUUAUUUGUUAGCCAUAUAGAUCAAGUGACAGUAAUACAACUAUGUGCAUUAGCUCCUGUCAAAUUCGGAAAAACGAAAUAUACAGAAAGUUUGUUUUCUCCCAAAGCAGGAAUUACUGAUUCAGUUCUACCAGCAGAGGGCUCCCUUUUUUAAGCUAAUGAAGAGCAUGUGUCUUGCAAAGCACUCUUCAAACAUGAAAAUUCAAGGGGAAAAAGAUUCAGCUCACACUUUCGUAAUAGGACCUCUCUGGUAGAUAAUUGUACAUAUUGUGAGAAAUUUGUUAAAGGCAAAGUUUUUCCAAUCUAUUUCAAGACUGACUUUCUGUACGUUGAGAGAGUACUGCUUUCCAGUGGCUCAUUUUCUUCUGAAACAGAAAAUAUACUGUUGGACUUAACAGAGCAUUUUAAUCUUAGAAGGUUUUGACAUGAAACAUCAUGUGGAUCCAGACAGGUAUGCUUAGGAGACUGAUGUUUCCAACGUUUCUAGCUUUAGAAAGGCUAUUUUUAAAAGUAGGGCAAGAUUAUGCAGCUCAGGAUGCAAGGGUAUUCUCUGAACUAACCAUAUGUCCCUAUGAUCAGAUGGCAGAUUCACUUAUAGACUGUUAUUUCCAUUGGGAAAGUUUUUCAAUAUAUCAGUUGCACGAAAGGAAAGUUUGUAAAAUCACUUUCAUCAUGGGUUUAGCAGCACUUGCCAGCUAUUUCAGUUAACCCUGAAGGUGGUUUCUGCUGCUGGCCUGUGUGGACUCUAUGGGACCGCUGGAUCCCUCUCCCAUGUGGAGUAUGAGGCUAUUAUUGAAAAAAACCCAUGUCUUCAAAGGCAACGAAAUGCAGUUGUUUUGUUUUAAUGUAAGCAAGCUAAAAAUAGAAAACAAACCAGAGUUUUUUUGGGGGUGUGAAAUUUUGUGCAUGUGGCUUAAAAGAUUAACUUCAGUUUUGUCCAUUUUUAAUUUCUCUAGCAAAGGGAAGUGAGGAGCAGGGACAGUGAGUAGAGAAGGGCUUUGAAACCAUGUGAAGAUUGGGUUCUAGUCUUAGGGCUAUAAUCUUGUGCAAACCACUUCACCUCUCUGGGUCAGAUUUUUCCCCCUUUGUAGCAUGAAGGAAUUGAUUGAAGUGAUCUCCAAAUUAUUUUCUGGUGUAAAGUUUGGCGAUUGGUGAUUUCUACAUUGUGUUACAAUUCCCUGAAUAACCUUAAAGCUAUCUAUGCUGAUGCAACUGAAAAUUCUCUUAGAUAAAAUUUUAAUUAGUUCAAUAGUAGUCAGUAAUCACAAGUCUGGUCCAUUGCCGCUUUCUCAAAUAAAGGGUAAACAUCCACUAGAAAGGUAUGCCCUUCUCUGCCCUUAAAUCCUUUACCGCAUUAGCUGGCACAUAAACCUAAUGUAGACACACCUUUUAAUAAGCAGGUCAUAUGGACAUUUAAAUGCGAGUUGCAAUCGACUUCAUAAAAAUAGCCGCAGUUUUUCUUUCUGAAUCGUCAUAUGAUCGUGGCGUAUAGUAUGUAUGUGGUGUGGAGUGUAAUAGUCGUCCUGAGGAUGCCCUCCUACUACUUACUAUUGAACAUUUUUGUCAUCUGCUCCCUGCCCGAGUUGCUCACAAGGACUUUCCUGUUACACCUGCAGGGCGAUCUGUGCUGGUGUGAGAGGAGAUGCAGGAGGUGGACACACGAGCGAGGCACUGGGUUGUUCCGAGAGGCUCAGGCCUUUACAAGCGAGGCUUUGAUUCUAUUUUUUGCUGAACUGGCUCAGCCACUUCCUGUGUUUGGCUGUGCAUAGUGCCUCGCUUCACUGUCGGCUGCUUGAGCCCCGCGAGCCAGCCAGCGCGCUCAGCAGCCAGUGAGACUAUUUUAGGUCCCCUCACAAUGGCCUUCUCAUUUCCCAGGCGAAAAUGAGCAAGUUGGGCUUGCAUUGGCCACUUGUCAGCCGAUGACAAGUUUGACUGGGGCUCCCCUCCCCCUCCCGAAAUCCCUAGCUCAGCAAAUAUUUGAACCUGCCCAAGUUAAUCAUGAAGCUGCGAUCUUUAUCUAAGGGAGACCAGCGAGCGCCUGGGCUCUUUCCCUCCCCAGUACAGUAGCGAACUCCAGUUGGCUUCUCAAUGAGGAGCCGGCAGUGAGCAGCGGGUGGCCGGCCGCGCUGCCGGGCGGGGCGUGGGGUGGAGGGACGAGCCCAGCAGCGGAGCUGGGCCACAGUGCGCGCCCGGAGGGUCCUAGCGGCACCCCCGCUCCUGCGCGCACUCGAGGGCACCGGGCAGGAGCACUGGCCGCAGGGAGCCGGCUGGGGGAGGUGCGGGGGGCUUGGUCCACUUGGUGGAAGAACAGCUUUGGGGAUUUUUUUUUUCACUGUCGGAUACAGGCAUUUUAAAGGGAAACCGUUGAAAUGCAUAACCUGCAAACACUGCCUCCUAAACCACCAAAACCCACUACUGUAGCCAACAACGGUAUGAAUAACAAUAUGUCCUUACAAGAUGCUGAAUGGUACUGGGGAGAUAUCUCGAGGGAAGAAGUGAAUGAAAAACUUCGAGAUACAGCAGAUGGGACCUUUUUGGUACGAGAUGCGUCUACUAAAAUGCAUGGCGAUUAUACUCUUACACUAAGGAAAGGGGGAAAUAACAAAUUAAUCAAAAUAUUUCAUCGAGAUGGGAAAUAUGGCUUCUCUGACCCAUUAACCUUCAAUUCUGUGGUUGAACUAAUAAACCACUACCGGAAUGAAUCUCUAGCUCAGUAUAAUCCCAAAUUGGAUGUGAAAUUACUUUAUCCAGUAUCCAAAUACCAACAGGAUCAAGUUGUCAAAGAAGAUAAUAUUGAAGCUGUAGGGAAAAAAUUACAUGAAUAUAACACUCAGUUUCAAGAAAAAAGUCGGGAAUAUGAUAGGUUAUAUGAAGAAUAUACCCGCACAUCCCAGGAAAUCCAAAUGAAAAGGACAGCUAUUGAAGCAUUUAAUGAAACCAUAAAAAUAUUUGAAGAGCAGUGCCAGACCCAAGAGCGGUACAGCAAAGAAUACAUAGAAAAGUUUAAACGUGAAGGGAAUGAGAAAGAAAUACAAAGGAUUAUGCAUAAUUACGAUAAGUUGAAGUCUCGAAUCAGUGAAAUUAUUGACAGUAGAAGAAGAUUGGAAGAAGACUUGAAGAAGCAGGCAGCUGAGUAUCGAGAAAUUGACAAACGUAUGAACAGCAUUAAACCAGACCUUAUCCAGCUGAGAAAGACGAGAGACCAAUACUUGAUGUGGUUAACUCAAAAAGGCGUUCGGCAAAAGAAGUUGAACGAGUGGCUGGGCAAUGAAAACACUGAAGACCAAUAUUCGUUGGUGGAAGAUGAUGAAGAUUUGCCCCAUCAUGAUGAGAAGACGUGGAAUGUCGGAAGCAGCAACAGAAACAAAGCUGAAAACUUGUUGCGAGGGAAGCGAGACGGCACUUUUCUUGUCCGGGAGAGCAGUAAACAGGGCUGCUACGCCUGCUCUGUAGUGGUGGAUGGUGAAGUAAAGCAUUGUGUCAUAAACAAAACAGCGACUGGCUAUGGCUUUGCCGAGCCCUAUAACUUGUACAGCUCUCUGAAAGAACUGGUGCUACAUUACCAACACACCUCCCUCGUCCAGCACAACGACUCCCUCAACGUCACACUAGCCUACCCAGUAUAUGCACAGCAGAGGCGAUGAAGCGCGUACUCUCUGAUCCUUCUCCUGAAGUUCAGCCACCCUGAGGCCUCUGGAAAGCAAAGGGCUCCUCUCCAGUCUGAUCUGUGAAUUGAGCUGCAGAAACGAAGCCAUCUGUCUGCGGAUGGGACUAGAGCUUUCUUUCACAAAAAAAGAAGUAGGGGAAGACAUGCAGCCUAGGGCUGUGUGGUGACCAUACGUUUCUAAGCUGGAGUGCUUAUCCUUUCUUUUUCUUUCUUUUUUUCUUUGGUUUAAUUUAAAGCCACAACCACAUACAACACAAAGAGAAAAAGAAAUGCAAAAAUCUCUGCCUGCAGGGACAAAGAGGCCUUUAACCAUGGUGCUUGUUAAUGCUUUCUGAAGCUUUACCAGCUGAAAGUUGGGACACGGGAGACCAGAGGAGAGAGAGGCAGAAGAACCCUGGCCUGAGAAAGUUCGGUCCAGCCUGGUUUAGCCUGGAUGUUGCUGUGCACGGUGGAGCCAGACACGUCGCACUGUGGAUUAUUUCAUUUUCUAACAAAUGAACGAUAUGUAGCAGAAAGGCACUUCCACUCACAAGGGACACUUUGGGAGAAUGUCAGUUCACGUAUGUUCAGAAGAAAUUGUGUCAUAGAAAGUGCCAGAAAGUGUUUAAACUUGUCAAAAAAACAAAAACCCAGUAACAGAAAAAUGGAGUUUGGAAAAGACUUAAAAUGACAUUCAGUAUAUAAAAUAUGUACAUAAUAUUGGAUGACUCACUAUCAAAUAGAUGGAUUUGUAUCAAUACCAAAUAGCUUCUGUUUUGUUUUGCUGAAGGCUAAAUUCACAGUGCUAUGCAAUUCUUAAUUUUCAUUAAGUUUUUAUUUCAGUUUUAAAUGUACCUUCAGAAUAAGCUUCCCCACCCGUUUUUGUUGCUUGAAAAUAUUGUUGUCCCGGAUUUUUGUUAAUAUUCAUUUUUAUUAUCCUUUUUUUAAAAAGAAAUGUACAGGAUGCCAGUAAAAAAAAAAAAAAAUGGCUUCAGAAUUAAAACUAUGAACUAUUUUACAGUUUUUCUUGUACAGAGUCCUUGGCUGUUAGCCCAAGGUUAAAAAGUUCCUAACAGAUUUUUUUGGACUGUUUUGUUGGGCAGUGCCUGAUAAGCUUCAAAGCUGCUUUAUUCAAUAAAAAAAGAAAUGAAAAAGAUAUAUGAAUAUGACAAAGUAUUGCUGAGUCCAACAAUGCUGAUUUAAGACUCAAAAUACGGUACCUGGCAAAGUUUAUUUCAUAAAGAAUUGUGAACUUCUUGAAUCUAGGGAAGGGGAUGUAGUGAAGGGAUGUAUCGGGUGGGGUGGUGGGAGGGGAGGCAAGGUUGUAUGCACUUUCUCAUGAUUUAGAGAGGUGAAUAACUGCAAAGUGAAGUUGCUUCUUCUUCAGUCUUUUCUCACUUUGAUUUGCUAGUUGUUAUCAAUUAAUUAAUGACAAUUACAAACCUACUGUAACUCUAACACAGUGUGGCUGGUCAGGUAUUUCAGUUCUUAUGAAGGAAGUGCCGAGUUUGUUUAGAACACUGGUUUAAAGGGAUAAUCUCUGUCACAUUAGACUCUCCAUACAACCAGCAGAUACUCAUCUUAGGAAAAGCAUGAUCUGAAAUAAUACUUUUAGUGGGAUGUUGGUUACUUUCCUAGCUUUCCAUUCGGUUUAGAACAUAAGCAAAUAGACACAAUCGUACUGUCACUGCUCUGGGCUGUGGAGCUUGCUAACAUCAUGGCCAUUGCAGGAACCCAAAGCAGUCCUCAUUCAUCCAAAUCACUGUUUGUGCGUGCUUCACCAUGGGGGAAAAGGAAGCGUUAGCCUAAUCUUUCCAGUUUAGGGCAAGAGAGAGAGGUCUCUCUCCCUGAUUUAGAUAGGUAAAAGCUGGUUUGUUCAGUGGGAACUGUACAUGUGUUGGAAUAAAGACUAACUAGCGACCGUAAUCAUGCUCACUACCCUAGUAGGUUAAAUGAAAUCCUGCAAUUUCAAAUUUCCCCUUCUCCAUAUUAGAUGUACCCACAGCUAUGUUUCUGUUCAAGUACUAGGGUGAGGGUUUUCUGUUACUUUGUUUUUUAAUGUUGUUCCUUUUGAAAGGAUCAGUCUUGCAGCUGAGUGAAUCAUCUGUAGAAUGUAUUAUUUUUCCUCUUUACAUGAAGCUACUCAUACUUAAGCAAAAGUCAGUCUUACAGCAAGACAGUCCUCAAACUUGACUUUACUGAUCUGACCAUCUCCCUCUCAUCGCAGGACAACUGACGAUUUCCCUGGUUUUAGUCUGUGUCUCUGCUCUAAAAUUAUUGUGGUGAUAUCCUUCCAUAUCACACAGAAGUCUAACAGUUACUCAGUGGAUAGUUUUUAAACUAGGUUUGUGGGUAUUUUUUUUUUUUUUUUUUUGGUAGCAAAUGUAUGCUAUUACAUACAAAUAAGUUUUCUAAAAUAAUAAGAUCUGGGAUUUAAUAUUUUUAUUAAAAGCUACAGUUUUGUGAAUGUUUUUGCUUCAACAUUCUUUGCAAGAUGACAUGGUAUUUAGGCAGUUGCCUUAGUUUUGCAUCCCACAAACGUAAGUGCAAUAGAUCUUUCAUUGAACAGCAAAGUAGGAUCCAUCAUUCCAUGCGACUGAGUUAACACCAGACCUAGUCUGCCUAAUGCCUUGGUUGCAGUGUAGCUUGCCCACAGCAUUUGUCUUUUUAGCUAUUUGGCCAGCCGGGCACUCUGGGUUUUAUCAGACAGCCCUCCUAACAACACCAUCUGAACGGCCGAGUAUGAAUAGACACAGCAGAGGCACUCCUGAUACGUGAUUUUAUCCAUGCGUCAGUUUUUCCACCCAGUGUAGCAUCCUAAAGAUAAAGCCAGAAGCUAAGCUGCAGUGAGGCUGUGAUAGGGCAUAGAAGUGGGAGCAUUGGAACCUCACGUUACACACACAAGAGAUCAUAACCACGUGAAAAGGCAAAAAGCAUGUGUUUGCAACAUCUGACAACUUCACGGCCUUUGAUAUAUGUAUAUAUGUAUAUGUGCAUGGACUGUGUUUCCAGUACACCUUUCAGCCAAAACAGAUCCACAGUAGUUGAGUUCAAGUACAUAACAAGCAAAUGUCUAGUACAAUUCUUAUAUAUGUGUAUGGGCUUUUUUCCCUUUGAAGUUGCUUUGUUUUGUCUUACAAAGAUGAAAAUUGUUUGCAAGUGAAGUGAGAAGUUUGUAUUUCUUUGGCUUUUUUGUGUUUUUAAAAGCUACUCCUUUUAGGGAGCUGGUCUGGGUGACUUGCUUAGCUUGGAAAUCCUUGUUCUUAGUGUGUUGAGUCAAAAUGUGUUUAUGUGAGCUGUCACUGUGGGGAACCAAUUGCUUUGUCAUAUAACUGGUUAUGAACUGGUAACAUGUUUGGGAAGUCCUACUGAUGUUCCUCUGAAAGAAAAAUUCUGCUGGUUUUAACAACUGUGCUUUUGCUAUGCAUGGUAUCCAGGUUAGUUGAAAAGCAGACCCUGAGAUCUGUUUUCAGUUUAGAGUCAUUUUAGAAAGGGGCAGUUUAAAGCACAACAUCUCACAUGGGACAAAGUUCCAAAAUGCUAAAUUCUUAUUUUUUAAAAAUCUAGUUCUAUAAAAUAUUGGUAUUAUGGGCGGGGAGGAAAUGGAAUUGAGUCAAUUAGAAUGACUAUCCAACUUAACAUGAAACUUGUCACCAUGAGAUAGCAUUAGCUGCCCAGGAUGCUGCUAUAUAUAUAUAUAUAUAUUUAAAAAAAAAAGCAAAACAAAAAAAACUCAUUUAUACCUGUGUAUUUUUUAAAGCUACAAUCUGGUCAAUGUUUUUACAAAUCUGUUUAUAUGACAUUGUUAAAAUAAAGUUGGUCUUUUGACGAGAGGGAGGAUGUCACGGUCAGUUGUAAUUUUGCCUUCACAAGGCAACUGGGGUGGGGGUGGGGGUAGUGUGCCUCCUUGACAUUUCGUUCAAGUUAUAGAUUCAAUGGAGCUACGUCUUGUUUUCAGUUGCUUUAAUGCAUUGUAUUAGAUCUUCAAACAGAAUAAAGGUUGUUUUGAAACUUAA